AUGGAGGAAAAAGAAAUCAACUUUCCUAGUGAGAAACAUGAAGUGGCACUGGAUCAAAUGCUACUUCUGUGUGUUCCCAGAUCAACUAACCUGGGCCUGACAGAAAACUCCCCCUUUCCAGAAUCUGCCCCUCAGGAGAUUCAAGUAUUACGGUUCCUGACAGAGCUUACCAGACUCUUUCAAAAGUGCAGAACUUCGGGGAGUGUUUUCAUAACGCUGAAGAAAUAUGAUGGCCGAACAAAACCAGUCCCACGCAAAGGCCACGUAGAAAGUUUCGAACCAGCAGACAAUAAGUGUCUUCUAAGAGCAACUGAUGGAAAGAAGAAAAUUAGCACAGUGGUGAGCUCAAAGGAAGUAAAUAAAUUCCAGAUGGCAUAUUCAAAUUUGCUGAGAGCUAACAUGGAUGGCUUGAAGAAAAAAGACAAGAAAAGCAAAAACAAGAAGAGUAAAGCAACACAGUGAUGGAACGGUGUCCUACCGUCACUAUAACAGACCUCACCCUUGCCCAAAGCAAAGUCCAUUUCUUUUUGAGUUACCACUUGUCUUUGGCUUUCCUUCCAGGAGGAUACUGUGAUGUGAUCAGUACUUUCAUUUAAACUGAGAGCGGAAGGUGCUUUCUGUGGAUUGUUGUAUGGCAGGAGUAUUUACAGGGUUAUACUGAAAUAGCUUUACACUCAGCUGCCAACUAGUUUUGUACUUAUACUGCUGUUUAUUUUGUAUUAUACAAGUGGGCAGCGUAAAACCUGUGUGGGGUGUAACAUAGGGUGAAGAGAAAUGUACCGUUCCAGGAGCAAAGUAAGACUGGAGCAGGAGUCUAAGUGACAGAUGCCCAGUUUUAUAGAUAAGCCUCAGUAGUACUAGGGAAAGUGGGUGCCAAUAUAUUAUCAGGAACAGCAGCUUUCCUGUUUCUGUCUUAUUUUGAGGGACGUGUCUACGUGAUGCAGUGCAGAUAUCCCUAUGGCAGCCAGCACAGUGCUUGAGCCAGCUGUGCCUUUGCUCCAUGCUGAUCCAGCUGUGCUGACCUUGGCUCAGGGUGGGGGGGGAGGGCAGGACUCUGCAUCAUGUUCCCUUCAGACAUGGCUUAAAAAUGCUCAUGUCACCUAAAUUUUUUUUUUUUUUAAACUUCAUCCUUCAGUACAUUCAGGGAUCUGAAUUUCCCUCUAUUUCACAUCUUAAAGUAGCUCCUUCAUAUGAGCAGAUGUAAAAGGUGAAUACUUAAUUGUUCCUAUUAAACACAAUAAGAAAUGGA